UAUGGAAUAACGAAACUCCGUUUCAUUCUCAUAUUAUAUUCUCUCUAACACACCAUUUUCCAUCACCCAUUUCUUCAUUCUUCACCUAACCCAUGUCAUCCGACCGACCCAUUUCCGAAUUUUCUGCCUCCAUGUCGGCGAGAAGCCUCGGCGACAUGUCCGAACUUGGUACCAUCCAAAUCGGCGUCGAUAUUAUUUCCGCCGUCCGUCGAAACCUCGGCUUUCUCAGAACCGUCGCCGAUUCCCACUGGCUCCACUGUGAGUCCACUCUCAGUGAAGCCAUACGAAGGUAUGAGGAGCUUUGGAUGCCGUUGAUUUCUGAUCUAAUGGUUGCUGGGGCUUCGCCUCCUAUGAUUCUUCCUCCGUUGGAUGUUGAAUGGGUUUGGUUCUGCCACACGUUGAAUCCGGUCAGUUACAAACAUUACUGUGAGACAAGAUUCCUUAAGCUUAUUGGAAAACCAUCAAUUUUUGAUGAAGAGAAUGAAGAUUAUGCAUAUAUGAGGUGCAAAGAAAUUUGGGUCAAGAGGUACCCAACCCAAUCCUUUGAAAAUGAAGGAAGUUCAAGUUUGAGAGACGAAAUUAGUGUUGAAAAUCACGAGCUUUUCGAACUAGUAAGGAGCCAUAAGCACUUGUACUCGACGUUUUCGGAGCCGUUCAGGUCCGAGAUCAUCUACCUUAUUGCAGCUAAGCAACGAUACAAAGGGUUUCUGUAUAUGUUGCAGAGCUUUUCUGAUGAAUGUUCUUCUUUCGUGCCUGCCUCAGAUAUUCUUCUCAUGUGGCUUACCCAUCAGAGUUAUCCAACAGUUUAUGCAGAAGAUGUAAAGGAGAUGCAGGGAGAUUUGACGAAGGUCGUGAGGUUCGGGGAAACCGUGAAGGCAAUGGAACUGGAAAAAACCAAGCAACUGUGGCACCGAACCUUUCGACAACCGUACGAGAAAGCCGGAGGAGGGAUAACCAUGGAACUAGGAAGAGCUGUUACUUCCAAUCCUCUAGCUUACUGGGAAGCAUCCGAUUCGGACGUUAACACAAAGUACAAGUCUAUGAUGUCGAGGUUCGUACUCGAGGUUUGUGUGUUUCUGCAGCUCAAAGCUCAAAAACAACCAUUACAACAAGUUUCUUCACAUGAAUUUCUUUGUUUACGCACUUUACGAUGCCAUCGGGAGCUUAAGCUCAAUCAACAGAUCUCGAGGCUCAACGAUGACUCGUGGCACAAAGCGUGGCAUCUCUAUUGUGAAUUCGGUACCAAGGGAGUCGUUCUUGAGGUUCGGCGUCCCAAUGGCCAUUGUUUUAAAGGAAGUAUCAUUAAGAAAGCUACCACAUUCAAGUGGAAUGACUUGAUAAGAGCACCUUCACUUACUUUAGAAAGACAAUUGAAUCAAAAUCUCAAGGUGGUUGUCUCAAUAACUCCACCAGUUCAAGCACCCUACUUGUUAAAAUGUGUACCAGACAAAGUGAUAGAUGAUUCCGGGGCGAUGGUUUCGGAUGUUGUUCUUAAAAUGAACCAAUACCGGCCUCAAGAAGGGCGGUGGCUAUCUCGAACCGUACUCGACCAUGGAGGUAGAGAGUGUUUUGUCAUUUGUAUAAGGGUUGGAGGGGGGUUUUGGAGGAGAGGAGGUGAAACUCCUCUGCCUGUGAAAUGGGAGGACAGAGUUAUCGAGAUUCGAGAAGGUUCUUGGUCGUAUAUCGCUGGCUCCAUCGGCCGAACCCCGGAGAAAGUGGUAGGAACUGCAACACCAAAACAGCCACUAGAAGAAUUUAAAGCUGCUUGGAAAUUCUCUACUGGUGAUGAACUGAUGGUUCAAUGGGACACUUCAACACCAAAACCAGCCUUUAGCUUUGUCUUAACAAAUCCAACUUCAGAAUCAUCUGUAAGGCUCGUAAAAGGUCAGCAAAAGCUAUAUCAAGAGCCACGACUCGAUGGUGAAGGGCAGGAGGAAGAAGAGAAAGACGAAGAUGACGACGGGUUUGUAACAAUGAUUCGAUAUACUAAUGAGGACCCAACUGGAAGGGCAACAGCUCUUCUGAACUGGAAGUUGCUUGUGAUUGAGUUGUUGCCAGAGGAGGACGCCGUGUUGGCUCUUCUUCUCUGCAUUUCGAUCCUGAGGAGCGUAUCAGAAAUGAAGAAAGAAGACGUUGGAAACUUGCUACUUCGAAGGCGAAUGAAGGAGACGAAAAUAGGUCUUAGAGAUUGGGGCUCCAUAAUGCUUCACCCUUCAUCGAAAAGUUCGACUCCUUCGUUGCCUUACCUUCAACCUUGGUAUUGGAAUGCCAAAACCGUGAUGGCAUCCAACAGCGUUGAUCACCCCACGAGACAGCCUGCGUCGAGCUACUUGCCCGUGGAGGGUGGAGAUAAGUUGUACAAGCAAGGAAUAAUAUCAUGAAUGAUAUACUUCCAUGGUUUAGUUGCAUGAUUGGGCUAAAUAUAUAAUUUAGUUCCUAAUGUUGAUAUUGUUUUUCAAAUAUUAAUUUGUAAUUUCUAUUUCAUCC